GCUUUCGUCAUCGCGUCCAAGUCGCCUGUCUGCUGUUUCACUCGCCCUGCCCCUGCUCUGCUCUGCUCCUGCUCACUCGCAGUCCCGGACCCACUUGCAGCAGACGUGCACCAGGGCUCUUUACGUUCCUCCGCGCUCGCCGACUAGCCGAAAACAGAAACCAUGUCUACCCAAUACUACCCAUUCAAGUGCACACCCACCGUGUUCCCCGCAGAGCCUUUCGAUGCUCUCAAGGAUGCGGAAACCCUCAGGAAAGCCAUGAAAGGCUUUGGAACCGAUGAGAAGGCAAUUAUUGACGUGCUCGCAAGGAGGGGUAUCGUUCAGCGUUUGGAGAUUGCUGAUUCUUACAAGACUCAGUAUGGAAAAGACUUGACCUCUGAUCUCAAGGGAGAACUUAGUGGGAAGCUGGAGGAUGUGAUUGUGGCCUUGAUGACCCCACUGCCCCAGUUCUACGCCAAGGAGCUGCAUGAUGCCGUGAGUGGGCUUGGCACUGACGAGUCUGCAAUCAUUGAGAUCUUGUGCACUUUAAGUAACUACGGCAUCAAGACUAUUGCUAAAUUCUACGAGGACUUAUAUGGGAAGAAGCUGGAGAGUGACCUGAAAGGAGACACCUCAGGACAUUUCAAGCGGCUUUGUGUCUCCCUGUGCCAGGGCAACCGCGAUGAGAAUCCCAAUGUUGACCAGGCAUUGGCUAGACAGGAAGCUGAAGCACUGUACAAUGCAGGAGAAAAGCAGUGGGGCACUGAGGAAUCAGUGUUCAACUCAAUUCUGAUUUCACGCAGCUACCAGCAGCUCCGUCAAACUUUUGCUGAGUAUGAACAACUGGCUGGACAUGACAUUGAAACAGCUAUCAAGAAGGAAUUCUCUGGAAACAUCGAGAAGGGUCUUCUUGCUAUUGCAAAGUGUGUGAAAAGCAAAGUUGGCUUCUUUGCGGAACGUCUCCAUGCUAGUAUGAAGGGGCUUGGAACUAAAGACAAGACCUUGAUUCGUAUUGUGGUUUCACGUUCUGAAAUUGACCUUGGUGACAUCAAAAAUGCUUUCCAGGACAAGUAUGGAAAGUCUCUGGAAGAUUUCAUUGCUGCUGAUACCUCUGGAGACUACAAAAAGGUCCUCCUCGCCUUGGUGUCAUAAGUUUCUUAUGCAUCACCCACCUCCCCUUUUUUAAUGCUUCUGAGGUCCAUUGAGCUUUUUGCUCUCUGAAUGAUAUCUUUUGUGGACAUUAGAAUACAUUCACUUGUUCAAUUAUUUACAAAUGAUCUGUGUAUUGGCUUGUGCCCUCUCAUUUGAAAACAUGAAUUUCACUAACUUGUGCCUUACACAUUUGGUCUGCAAAUGCUUUAGGUAAAAUAUGGUUGUUGCUAACAUAAUUUGUGUGUAUGGUCUAUGUUAUGUGCUGUGAUUUGCUUUUUGCACAAGUUCUUUUACUGUUUUUGUACUAUUAUUGUUAAAUGAAGUCCCUUGCCUGAUGAAGAAAUAUUUUUGAAUUGUAUUUUGAGCAUUUUUAUACCCUUCGAAGAAUUUGCAUGUAUAUGUGACAUUUCUGCAGUCACAUUUUUGUUUCGUUUAGUUCUGUAUUGAUAGAAAAAAAAAAAAGAUGCUUCUAUACUACGCCCA